AUGGGGAAGAAGAGGAGUCGAACUCGCCGGUCUUCAGCAGCGGAGCUUCUGGAAACGCCACCGUCAACGCCACCUCCGGCCACCGAUUCUCCAAAGUCAGCGAUCUUCAACAGAAAAAUUAACAGCAAUGGAAAUAAGUUUUCUUCACCAGAGAACACCAACAUUGUGAAGAACAGAGCUCCCGCUGGUCUCUUCAAGUCGCCUUCUCGAAAUGCUUCGAGUCUGAGCACUAUAUCUGAUCUCAAGGAUUUUGCGGCUUCACAACUCCUCGAUCUCAAGCGCCACAUUGAUCAUUCUCACUCGCAAAUAAUCAAAGAUCAUGAAUCCUCAACCUCCCGCCUCGAAAAGCGAUUUAAGAUUCAAAGCCAAGCAUGCCAGAAAAUGAUGGAUGAAGCAGAGAAGGAGUAUAAGAAGAUGUCUCAAAGAAUUUAUGAAAGUCAGGAAGCAAUGAAGGCAUCUUAUGAAGAGUUCUUGGCACAUGAACACGAGAGUGCAUCUCGAGCUUGCAAAACAUCCAUGACCGAGCUUUCGCAGUCCUUUGAGAGAUCAAUUGAUGCUCUUCGUAGCCGUUUUGGGAUCCCGUCCACCUAACCUCACUAUCAACUGGUAUUAAUCUUUACAUAAGUACAUCAUGUUUUGAACCGUAACAUCACAAAAUAAGAACAUGCACUAAAUG